CAUCAAAGAUACUGUACAUCAACAGAGAGGAGCGACGCUUCAGCGGAAAAACCUUCAUUAGCAUCUGAUCCUGCAGAGAUGGUGGAGUGUAGUGACAAGCUUUUCUGCUGCAGGUGGGUGCGCCACAGGGUUCCCCUGGCCUACAGAGACGAGCUGUACCACAUCUUGAGGAUGACAGGGCCUCUGCUGCUCUCUCGAAUCCUCACGUACCUGCUUCCAUUUGUGGUUACGAUGUUCUGUGGGCGUCUGGGAAAUGAUGUGAUGGCUGGCUAUGGACUAGCUUCUGCUACUAUAAAUGUUACCACUGCAGCAACAGGUUGUGGUCUGGGACUGGCGUGUGAUACUUUGGUGUCUCAGACAUUUGGUGGAAAGAACCUGCUGCGGGUUGGAGUAAUCCUUCAGCGGGGCAUCAUCAUCCUGCUGUUGUUCUGUCUGCCCUGCUGGGGUCUCCUCAUUAACGCUGAGGCCAUCCUGUUAUGCAUGGGACAGGACCCUAACGUGGCCAGAAUAGCCCAGCUGUAUAUUACAGCCUUCAUCCCAGCUGUACCAGCGAUGUUUUUACACGGGCUUCAGGUGUCUUAUCUGCAGAACCAGGGUAUAAUACUGCCACAGAUGUACACUGCUGCCUUGGCAAAUAUAGCAAAUGUGCUGACAAACUACAUCUUUCUUUACUGGCUGGAUCUGGGUGUUAGUGGAUCUGCUGCCGCCAAUACUCUGUCACAGAUUUACGUCUGUGGUUUUAUGUUUGCUUGGAUUUGGUGGAAGAAGCUCCAUGUAACAACAUGGGGAGGCUGGUCUGUAGAAUCGCUACAGGAGUGGGGCUCCUACAUGAAACUGGCCAUUCCCAGCACGUUAAUGACAUGUUUCGAGUGGUGGGUUUAUGAGUUUGGGGGAUUUUUUGCAGGAAUGCUGAGUGAAGAUGAGCUGGCAGCCCAACAUGCUGUGAUAAUGGUGGCUUUCAUCACCUACAUGUUCCCUCUCGGCAUCCAAGCUGCAGCGUGUGCCCGUGUGGGUAACGCCCUCGGUGCAGGGGACACCGCCAGGGCGAUCCUCACCAGCAAAAUGUCGCUCACUCUUGCAGGUAGCUUUGCAGUUGUUGAGGGUCUUGUGCUUGGCUCCACUAAGACGGUGAUCGGCUACAUGUUCACCUCUGACGAGAAGAUCGUGGGUCUGGUUUCUCAUCUGAUGGAUGCUUACUGCUUCCUUCAGUUCUUUGAUGGUCUUGUGUGUGUGUGCACAGGCAUCUUCUUGGGCACGGGCAAACAGAAGAUUCCAGCUGUGGCCAAUUUCAUUGGAUACUACUGCAUAGGACUUUCACUGAGUGUCACUCUAAUGUUUGUCGCAAAACUGAGAGUUUUAGGUUUUUGGCUGGGACUUCUCAUUUGUGUCGUCGUACAAUCCACCUUCUACAUCAUAGUCAUCUUCAAGCUGAACUGGAAGAGAAUGACAGAGGAGGCUGUGAAACGAGCUCAGAAAAAGACGCAUAUGGCAUUAAUAAGCACAGCUGAUGACCAGACAGUAAGUAAUGGGAAUUCAGUGGAAGGCUACAUGUCAGUGAGCACCGAGAGCCAUGAUGGGAACCCGGGGACGCAGGGUGGACGCGGGGUCCAGCAGCUGAAGGGUGGCCGUCUCUCCAUCACACAGCUCAUCCUCAGCCGAGGCCUCACUAUGUUUGCAGCAGUUGCUCUUCUAGCCGUGGGAGCAAGCGUGCACUUCCUCGUGCCCUUGCCAGAGACUUCAAAGGCCAACCUUACUUCAGAAUGGAUCAAUACAACAUAUAGUCCUGAUCAAAUCUUUUCCACUGUGCUGCUCCCAACUGAAGAGUCAGGGUUGCCUUGAGAGCCUUGAUCAUAAAGGCAUUGUUCGUGUUCAGUGUCAUAAAAAACAUGUAAUUUUAGACUUUUGUUGACUCAUUAUUGUUGGCAGAAAGGGAACAAACAGUGGCACUUCUGAUGGAAAAUCUAAGUGAAUUAAUGGUGGAACUCAUCAGCAUUGUUUACCUCAUCUGCACCAUCAUGUUAACCUGUAACUCUGCACGAUAAAUGUUUCACUCAAGUGAAGAAUGGUUUGCUCGCUGUUUAGGGCAUUCAUAAACGUAACUCAGAAGUCAACGAAUAACUAAUUGACAACUCAUUUAUUCUUAUGGCAAAGGAGAUGAAGGUGAUUCUAGAAACAUGAAUAAGUCCAAUUUAUUGAAUAAAGAAAAC